AUGGUGCAGGAUCAGGGGGAGACGACAGCCCUGCCGGAGGCACUGCUGAAGAUUGCCAAGCGGGAGCUGCGCGAGGAUCGAUGCACGCGGGAGCAGUCGCUGGAGCAGCUGCGCAACUGGGUGGCCAAGAACGAGGAUCUGCAGAAUGUGCGAUGCGACGAUACCUUCCUGCUGCGCUUCCUGCGCGCCAAGAAGUUCAGUGUGCCGAUGGCCGAGCAGACGCUGCUCAAGUACCUGAACAUCAGGAGAACGUUCCCGCACAUGAGCACCCAGCUGGACUAUCUGGAGCCGCGACUCGGCGACCUCAUCGAUCAGGGAUACAUAUUUGCGGUGCCACAGCGGGACAAGCACGGUCGCCGCGUGGUGGUCAUCAAUGCCAAGGGGUUAAAUCCGAAGAUCCACACUAGCUGCGACCAGGCCAAGGCGCAUUUCCUCACCUACGAGUGCCUGAUGGAGGAUCAGGAGACGCAGAUCACUGGGCUAUCGCAUGUGGGCGACUUCGCCGGCGUGACCACGGCGCAUGUGACCAACUGGAAUCCCACGGAGUUUGCCCGCAUCUUCAAGUGGGGUGAGCAAUCGCUGCCCAUGCGUCACAAGGAGAUCCACCUGAUCAAUGUGCCAUCCACACUCAAGUGGCUCAUUGAUUUCGUGAAGAACCGCGUCAGUUCCAAGAUGAAGAACCGCCUGAUCAUCUACGGCAGCGAGAAGGAGCUGAUGAAGAGCGUGGACCAGGGCUGUCUGCCGCUGGAAAUGGGUGGCAAGGUGCCCAUGCGCGAGAUGAUCGAGCUGUGGAAGCAGGAGCUGGCGAGCAAGCGCGACCUGAUCCUCGGCCUGGACAAGAGCAUACUGCUCUCCGAUCGCGGCAUCCAGCGGCGCAGCAGCUUCAAUGCCGAAAAGGCCUCCACCGGCGGACCCAACUUCGUUUCACAAAUCGAGUCCAUCGAGGGUAGCUUUCGGAAACUGGAGUUCGACUAGCCGAUCGCCAGUUGUAGUUUAAGUUUAUAGUCCUUAGUCUUAGGCAACAUCCAAUCAAUUAACCCAAUGCGCAACGCUUCGCCGGUCCCCCGAUCCUGGCCAGCGCCCGAUCCUGGGGAUCCCUGAUUCGCUUAUCGGUGGCAACCGCUUUACUCAUCCUGCGCUUCUUUGUAUACUGUUUGUGUUUGGCGUACAAUAAACGAGAGGAAUAAUUUGGAA